AUGGACACUGGCUUCAAAAUCGGCAUUGAGUUCGAAGUCUUGUUGACACCCAGAGGAAGACACAAGAAGGACUUUGCAGAGUUGGAAGGGUUUGCUCAAUUUAUCGUGGAUCGUUGCAAUGAUGUUCCAAACCCUGCACCCCGAGCACACAAUGAUGUUGACGGGGUCUAUGAAGGCCCAAAUCAAACUUCUGAGUGGUCCAUCACGGAUGAUGCGACCAUCAAGCCAGAUAGAGAUGAUCAAUCCCUUAUCAACCUGCUUGGACCUUCUCAGCAAGUGCCAGAUUCCGUCGAAAUUGCAGAUUUAAUGAACGAAGACGGGAAGAGAUAUUAUUCCUGGAACUUCACGAAUUUGUACCACGGUGGGAAAGCGACUGUCGAGUUUAGGCAAGCACCAUGCGCAGUUAAUGAAACAUCGUGUCUCCCAUGGGUAGAACUUGUUGUCACUUUCGUUCACGCCUCCAAGGUGACAUCCUCUUUUCAGGAUCUCCGUCGAUAUUCGCGAGAUAUCCAGGGAAUGCGCAGAUUCAUUACGAGUCACCAGCCGUCCGGCUACAAGCGUGCCGUUUUAGCACAGCUUUUUACUGGAAAAUACGGUUAUGUUGUCCCCAAGCCGCUUGGGACCCCGACAGCCGAAGAACAGGUGAAUCGAGAUGCAAAACAGGCCAAGGAAAGUGGUUUUAUGAAAAAACUAGAAUACUUCCAGUCGGAGUAA